AUGGCCGUCGCUACUGAGGACUUCAAGUCUCAGCAGACAUCACCUUCAGUCACCCCUUCGAAUCCUUCCUCGGUCAGCUCACAGACCUCCUUGGCCGCCGCCGCCGUAAAAUCCCCUCUCAAUGGCGAUGUGCGCCCAGCCGGUCCGCCCAAGAAGCCUACCUUCACCUCCCGACUAAGUCGCAUGUUCUCGGCUAAGGAUACCAAUGAGUCUUCGCGGGAGCCUUCGAUCAAGGAGAAACUUGCCGACAAGGUCCCUGAGACCGCAGUGGAAGAACCCGAGGCUGAAGCCAUCAUGCCUCCCAAGCCCAUCAGACCGGCAAACCCUUCUAGGCAAUCAUCUCAGACCGACAAAGCUAGACUGGCGGGAACAGUUUCGAGAAGUGGCAGUGAUGCGAAGAAGGAAAAGAAGGAAGUCGAAGGUCUUCCUGCUCAACAUCGUCGCUUCUGGAUCGACGAAGACGGUGCUCACCAUCAUCAACUUAAGAGCGCCCGACGACAGGAGAAGCUAACGGACAUGGUUCGCGACUUCCUUGGAGGCAAGAAGAAGGAGCAUCACGAGGAACAGCCCUUGUCUCUCAUGGCAAGUUGGGUGGACCAGCUGAAAAACGAAAAGAACCGGGUUGCCUCGGACCAGAAGAACGGACCUGCCGGUACCGCAACACUUGUUCAGAAAUACGGCAAGUGUCAAGAAAUCGUCGGCCGUGGUGCUUUUGGUAUCGUCAGGAUAGCGCACAAGGUGGAUCCGAAUGACUCGAAACAUGAGCAACUGUAUGCCGUCAAGGAGUUCCGCCGAAGACCUCAAGAAGAUUCGAAGAAGUACAGCAAACGCCUUAACUCGGAGUUUUGUAUCUCAUCUUCUUUGAGACACCCCAAUGUCAUCCACACCCUCGACUUGCUCACUGAUGCAAAGGGCGACUACUGCGAAGUCAUGGAAUUUUGCGCCGGCGGAGAUCUCUACUCGCUAGUCCUCGCUGCCGGCAAAUUGGAAGUUGUCGAGGCGGAUUGUUAUUUCCUGCAGCUCAUGCGUGGUGUAGAAUAUAUCCACGAGAUGGGAGUAGCACAUCGCGAUCUGAAACCGGAGAACCUUCUGCUCACGACGCACGGCGCCCUCAAGAUUACAGAUUUUGGCAACGGCGAGUGCUUCCGCAUGGCCUGGGAGACAGAACCGCACAUGACAGCAGGUCUUUGCGGCAGUGCGCCUUACAUCGCGCCAGAAGAGUACACAGACAAGGAAUUUGACCCUCGCGCAGUAGAUGUCUGGGCAUGCGGUGUCAUCUAUAUGGCCAUGAGAACUGGCAGACACUUGUGGCGCGUGGCCAACAAGGACGAAGAUGAAUUCUACGAGAACUACGUGCAAGGUCGCAAGAGCGACGCUGGCUAUGGACCAAUCGAGUCAUUGCAUAGAGCGCGAUGCAGAAAUGUCAUCUAUUCGAUAUUGGAUCCCAAUGCCAGCAGACGCAUCAGUGCACACCAAGUGCUGAACUCGGAAUGGGGCAAGGGUAUCAAAGUGUGCCAGGCCGGCGAGGAAGGGCUGUAA